AGAACAGACAGAAGCCGGGACAGUGUGAUUUCUACCGGACACUCUGAAACUGGAAGAAAUAUUUGUGAAGUUUCCAUAAAGAGCAAGAAGUUUUGGAUGAACCUGGGAGAGUUUCACUGACAGUCUUUCUUUCUAGAUAUUUUGAUCCCAAUGAGUCCUGAUUAAAGAAGACGUCCUUCUUCUGAGCAGCUUGAUCAGAACAGUUGGGUGGAACUGUGUAGUGUCUGGUACAUUUUAGCAAGUCUUCCCUACCAGAGCAACAUUACAUUAUAAUUGAAGAAAAAAGAGAAAAGACUUUCCCAACCAGGUUAUUUUUAGAGUACCAAGAACAUUUUUUAGAUUUUUUUUUUUUUUUUGUUAUUGGACCCAGUGGGAGAGGGAUAUUUUUCCGAGUCCCUCUUCCUUCACAGGGGGUUCAUCAGUUUCCUGACAGAUCUUUUAGGGACUUAAGGACUUAAUACUUAACACCAAAGACACAACGACAGAAGAGCCACUCAUUGUGGUGGUGACUGAGCUGAGCUUUGGACCCUUUGCACAUCUUCUGACAUACCAAAGAUGCUGUACCUAAAAAAAUACUUCACGGAAGGCCUUAUUCAGAUGGCCAUCCUGCUCAGCCUGUGUGGAGUCAGGGUUGACGUGGGACUGGAGCCCUACCUGCCCCCCUCCUGGCACGAGAUGAUCCUGGGUCCUACAUCAGCACUGACCCAGACGCAGUUCCACAGCCUCCGCAACCGUCUGGAAGACGGCCAUGGCCUCCACCCCAAGAGUGUAGACCUGGAUGGGUUCUUCACGGCACGAAGGCUGCUUGGCUGGGUCCGUUCUCUGGACAGACUGCAGGUUCCUCGUGCAGAACUGGAGGCCUGGCUGGUCCAGCGGGAGCCAGAUCCUCUCCCCAUGGGAUGUCCAGACCAGUCCUCCCCACUGGAGAGAGCUGCUGGGGUAGAAAGAGACCGACCUACCCUGCCUGUGGAAUCUAGAGAUGGACUUGGUGCCGUGCAGGAUGAAGACGAGGAGGAUAAAGAGGAAGAUCUGCAUCAGUACAGUGGCACUCUGGAGGAGAGAGGAGAGGAAGAGAUCGAGGAACACCUAAAUGGGAGGACAGAGGGAAGAGGAAGACCAGGAGGAUUCUACAGCUAUGCUAACAACAGAGAGCUAAUUCAGAAUGAAGUAGACCAGACUUCUUCCUCCCUCCAGGAGUGUUUGAGACUGUUGGAGAACACCUUUCCCUUCACAGAAGAACAACAGAUACAUGAUGAUGGUGGUAGGAGGGAAGACUUGGAGUGUCAGCCACUGAGCAGGGAGCCCCUGCUGUCCCAUAUCAUCCCUAAUGGUAACCCUUUGAUAGACCUGGAGCUCCAAUGGCAGGACCUGUUGGCAGUCAUGGAGCCUGAGAGCACAGAUGUUGACAUGAUGACUCAAUUUGAACACAACCAGAAUUUAAGGACAACUGGGAACCUUCAAGGUGCUGGGUCUGAAGCUUUAAACCAAAAUUGUAACAACUCUGACAACGGCAUAACAGUGGCUGAUCAGGAAGUCUUUCUAAUGGAGAGUCCUCUGCAGAAUGGGUUGUUGGGGCCUCCAAGCCAGCCAGCGCCAGAAUCAGCCCUACUUCCCCUCAUCCCCAGUGCAGAGUUGGAUGACCAUAAUUCAGCCUUGAACACAAGGGACACUUCGAAAAAUUCUAAUGUGAAUCCUUCACACACACUUCCUGACAACACACAACUGCUUGAAGAAAAUCCUUCAGAAGACUUCGGCAUGGCAUUAAAUGCAGAGGAUAACUCCAGUACCUUUAACAUAAAUAUGCUGACACAAGGUCUUGUGGAUACCAUGGAGGGCAAUCUGUGCACACAGUAUGCUCCCUCCUUUGCAAACCGUCCAAGCUUAAAUGUAAACUUUCAUUCACUUGACAUGGCACCUUCUAGUUUCAACCCAUCAUCGGAGGGAAAUGGUAUGGCUCAAGACCUUCUGACAUCUCCCUCCAGUGUCUUUUUGGGUGAUGAAGAGGAUGAUGUUGAUGAUGAGGAUGGUCUCCCUAGCACACUUAGUGACCUCUUAGAGGAUGUUACCAUCUUGGAUGAGAUCAGAUUGUUGGACCUGGCUCUGGAGGACGGAUUCAGUCCUGAGAUGGCAGCCAAGCUGGAAGAGGAGGGCUUCCUCAACAGUGAAGUAGCCCAGCAGGAAACUGGCAGAGAUGAUGACCAUUCAGGAUCUAGCGUGGCACUCACAGAAAAUCAGGGUCAACUACGAAGACAUCAUCAGGACAGCAAUGAUGAGGCAGACUCAGACUCUGGUCUUUCUCUGGACUUCAGCCACAGCCCUGCUUCUCCAUGUGCCUCUGAGGCCUCCUCUUAUUCCUCUUCCUCAACCUCCUCUUCGUCUUGUGUGUCGGCUUUGGGAAGUCCUUUUUCUGAAGCUGAAGAUGAAGCUGAGGAUAAAGCCGAGGAAGGGUUUCUUGGUGCAGAUAUGGAAGUGGAGGUGACCAUAAAGCAAGAGGAGCUGGAAGAGGAGGAGAUGGGGGCAGUAGGAGGAGAGUACCCUGAAGAUGUUAAGAAACCCUUCUUUCCCAACCGUGGGGAUCACAAGCUGUAUAAUGGCUUUCCUUGGCUGGAGUAUAUCGGCCACGAUCACACAUACAACCAGCCCGUGUCAUCCGUCUCCUCUCCAUACCUGGGCAAGAUGCCAAACAAACAGCCAAAAACUUCCUUGCGACAUGACAGUGCCAAGCCUUACCACCGCUCCUCAUCGAGACGAAUCUCCGAGACCAUGAUGUGGAGUCGGGAUGAACAGCGUGCACAAGCCAGGAAGAUCCCUUUUUCCAAUGAGCUGAUAGUUAAUCUGCCAGUGGAUGAGUUUAAUGACCUACUGGCCAGUUACCAACUCAGUGAAGAGCAGCUUACACUCAUUAGGGACAUACGACGCCGUGGGAAGAACAAAAUAGCUGCCCAGAACUGCAGGAAGAGGAAACUUGACGUGCUGCUGGAUUUGGAAGACAGUGUGUCGGGUUUGAGGCGCCACCGUUCACGGCUGCUCCGAGAAAAACAGGAGGCCCUGAGGAACCUGCAGGAAAUGAAGCGACGACUGGGUAUGUUGUACCAGGAUGUCUUUUCCAGGCUAAGGGACGAGGAGGGGAGGCCUUUGAACGCUAUGGAGUACCUGCUUCAGUUUGAAUCCAAUGGUGGCGUCACAGUAGCUUCACGCCAACAAACAACAGCGCUGCCAUUGACAAAAAACAGCAAGAAACAGAAGGAUAAGAAGAAGUGAGGAGGUGGUCGAGUCAGCCAUAUUCUGGCUUCAGGAGUUUGGGAUGUUAGAAAAUGUAGAGAGAGUAAAGAGAUUCCUUAAGAGGAGUGUGAUCCAACCACAAAAUUACAGGAAAUACUAAUGUGGUGGUUAGUGAAGGAUCACAGGAAUUCUUUAUCUGGUGUCAGUGGAAGGUGCUGAAAGGUACCAUGAAAUCCUCAAACACCCAAACAGAUAUCCCUGACAGUGAUGUUUUUAUUCACAUAAUUGGUGGAUGACUGGAUGGUCAAAGGAAAUCCAGACAGAAAACAAGUUCUUUGAAAGAGGAGGGGAAAUCACAUGGUGAUAAGAAAACUUACUCCAGGAUUGUUCUCCAUUCUUCAUUCUUAACAUUUUCUACACUGGAAAAGGACUUGAGUUCAACCACUAUCAAGAACAAACAACUCUGAGGUAAAUCUAGGCUACUGAAUGCUGGAUUAAAACAAGAGAGGAUAGAUGACUUGGGACCAGUGCUUUGAAAUGCUAGUUCAAUGCUUUCCCUUACAUCAACUUUCUCAGAGACUUGAAAAUAUUGAGUUGAAAAAGCCAACAAACUGAUUGCAGGCUGGAUCCUGGCUAUCAGCUAAUAUAGUUGAACAGUUAGACACUACAAUGACUCUGGGCCACCGAGAAAGGGACGCUGGUACACAGGAAGGGAAGUUGUGAUCAUACCCCCUUGAGCUGGUAGGGUUAAGGUUAGAGUGGGCAUUAUCCCACUCAAAGACACCUCAGCAGGCUACAGACAGGAGCCAUGGGGAUCAAACCUGUGUUUGCAGAGUUCCCAGAUGGUGCAGUAACCACAGGCUCUGCUGCCAAUAUUAACCAUGCUAUGCACCAAAACUCCAUGACACUUGGUAUCGUCUACAGCAGAGGCCUUUCAAAUAUCCAAGUAUCAAGUAUCCAUUCUACCACUUGACUGACUUAGAAGAUACCAAUAACAAUCUACAAACAGCAAAAACUUUUUGUCUACAUAAGCUAAAAUUUGGUGGAUAGGGCACUUGGCUUUGCCUAUUUUCACACCUGUACACACCUGGCCUGAAACUCACCAGGCAAUCCAAUACAACUGUCUACCCUCUAUAUGACUAACUGACCGAGGAAUGAUCCAUAAGGGUGCCUGUCUUGAUUUUUUUUUCCCCCUGUGAACUUUCUGAAAGUAUGAUAGCAAAGGGUUUUACCUGUGCCUUUUAACAUGUAUGUUUCUGUUUUUAUGCAUUUUCAACACACCUAUGUGACUGUAAAACUGGAAAUGUUAUUGUCUACUUCAAACAACAUGGUGGGAAUCUGUGUUCCAAAUGUUACUCAAGAGUAGGCCUGCCCAAGACAUUAAGUCAAAAUCUUUGCAGAUUGUUAAUACAUGGGUAAAAUACAAGUUGUGAAACUGUUUUAAAACUGACAGGUAAAAAUGUGAGUCUGAUGCCCCAAUUACAUAUGAAUGUACCUUCAAUUGAUACAGUAAAAAAAUUACAGAUUUGGCCUUGCAAGACAGAUAACGCUGGAUUCAAACAAACUCGAGGCUGAGUUGUGAAUUGUUUCAAGUUAGGAUGUCACCCUCUGGUGGUUGUGCAUAGCCGAGUAAGAAAGAACUUCAUAGCCAUUCUGGUGAAAUUAUUGAUACAAGGAAUUAAACAUAACAACAAGAAUAUAUUUCCAAAUUUUACCUGAAUCUACAGUAUUUUAGGUUGGAGUUGAGGGUUUUCUGUUCUAAAGUACUAGUUUUGAUUAAAGUCAUUCAGCUUAUAAUAAAUGACUGUGUUAUUGGUGAAGUAGAUUUAGGAUUUCUCAGGAAUGAGCACAGCCAGAAGAACAUGCUCACAGUUACUACUGAGUGGUCAGACAUCUAACCAACCUUACAAAUUUAAUGUGUCUGAUUCUUUUUGGCAAGAAAUUGUAAUUGUCAGAGCAGGUGUUCAGUGUUUCACAUAGUGGACACCACAUUUUGGAGUCAGACGACACUUCAAUCCUGUCUGUCUUUCAGAUUUAUGAAGGCCAAUAAAAACCUGCAUGCCUAUCACCACCACUGAAGCAUUUAUUUUUGUUUAAGUGUUUACAUUUUGUGCUUUCUGGUAUUCAAGGACAUGGGACCUUGUCUUCUGUAAUGUAAAAUAAAAAACCUAAAAGAA